CGCAAGAUGGAGGGUCUGUUCUAUACUUUGUGCCUCCAACUCGUCUGUGAUCGAAAGUUACAACAAAUUUGCUCCUUUUAAGCAAAUUCUUUUCGAUAUAUCUGAACACACAGUCAUGAUCAAGUUGUAAUGAGAUGAUAGUGUGGCUUCAAAAAGUACAUGACAUCUCUCAAUAUUUCGGAAUUUUAUAAACAAUCACUUUGUCACCGACUGAACCUGAGAUUGAAAGUGAAAAAAAGGAGCAAAGAAACGAAAAAAACAGAUGUAAAAUUGGAGGCAAACACAGAGGGGUAUUGUUAAAAGUUUAUUAGCAAUUUAAUAACUUGCAUAUACAUUAAAUCAAGCAUCUAUAUAUAUAUAAGAAAUAAGCAUCAGCUGAAGCGUGCUUCUGCAAUAAUAUUCAUUUCUAUUCCUUUCAAAGAAACCACAAAAGUCUGUUCACAAAAUGGCGAGUCAUAAUGCAAAUAGUAAGAAUUAUAAUAUUAAACUUAUCGACACCCUUUACAAUCAGGUCCCAGCAUUUACAGAUGUCUUUGACGAGGAAACAUGGUAUAUUUUUGUCGCCUGCUUCGUAGCAGGGACAUUUCUAGUUGCAUUUAUUCUCUCAAGAUUCAUUACACUGAAACCUGUAGAGUAAUUUAAAACAUUUAUACAUACAGAGCAUUUUUCUGACACCAAAUCUGUUUAGAGAUUAAUCUACAUCCUUCGAUGUGAUAUUUCAGCUAGUCAUGACUCUAUUUUCUGUUACCUGGGCAGACACAUCCCAACUCACGGGAGUACCAAAUGUCAGGCUUCUUGAUUCUAGUCAAACCCACUUGUCCAUUACAAAAU